CACACAGAGAGAGCGAGAGACGCUGUGACUUAAAGCGAUUUCACAAGGGCGUAAAGGCGCAGGGCGGAAACCGUUCCUUCUCCGCCUUGCGCAAAACUCAGAGGGGGGGGUGGUGGUGCGCGUCUGCGCUCCAAGGCAGGGGGUGGCAUCGGCCCCAUAGGACUGGGCUCCCCCCCCACUUUGCCAGAGAGGGUUUUGACCAUGCUGGCUGCCAGGCGGCCACUCUGCCUUCCCACCCGCUUCGAGGUUUUGGGCUUAAGGUAGCCGCCGCCGGGCUGGAGACGAAGAUUGCUAUGAGUGCCCGAAGCCUGCUGGUUUUCCUCUCUCUCCAGGCGGCCCUGGGACCCGCUUCGCCCGAGAGAGGCCUACAGCCCUCAGCCCCUGACUUAGAAGGAGAUCUUCUCUUCCUGCUGGACAGCUCCGGCAGCGUCUCCUACUACGAGUUUUCCAGGGUGAAGGAGUUUAUUGCCGACCUCCUCCGGCCCUUCACCUUUGGGCCCCAUGAUGUCCAGACAGGGGUGGUCCACAUCAGCACCAUGCCAAGUCUGGAGUUCCCCUUCGACCGCUACCUUUCGAGCGGGGCAGUCCAGCACGCCCUCCGGAACAUCAAACAGAAAAUGGGCGACACCAAUACGGGGAAAGCCCUCUCUUUUGCCAAGGAUAAACUUUUCACCGCGGAGGCCGGGGCCCGUGCCGACGUGCCCAAGGUGAUGGUGUGGGUGACCGAUGGCUUUUCCACGGAUGACAUUUCUCAGCCCAUGCAGCGGUUGAAGGACAUGGGGGUCACCGUUUUCAUCGUCAGCACCGGCCGAGGGAAUUACUUGGAGCUCUCGGCCGCAGCGAGCAAACCUCCCGAGAAACACCUGCAUUUUGUUGAUGUCGACGAUCUGACCAUUAUCACCAAAGAGUUGAGAGACUCCAUCACAGAGGUCAUGCAGGCGAAGCGUCUGAGAGCGACCGAAAUCUCUUCCGACAGCUUUCGGCUUCUUUGGCCCAACCUCCUGACCCGGGAUACGGGGUAUUACGUCUUAGAAUAUGCCCCGAAUGGCAAACCGAGGCACAAAGCGAGGAAACAGAUGCCCGGGGACCACACCACCAUCGUGGUCAAUAACCUCAUGCCUCAAACCACGUACGAGGUGGCUCUUAUUCCAGAAUCGAACGAGCGCUAUAUCCCGCCCCAGGUGACCAGAGUCACGACGUUGGAAGAGGUCACCAGCCCGGUCCAGAUUCUCAUCUCCGACUCCAAGGCCCACAGCGUUCGGGUCAGUUGGUCUCCGACGCCGGAAAGCGUGGCCACUUACCAGAUCAUGUACGGGCCUCUGCCCGGGAACUCGGUCAAGGUGGUGGAGGUCAAAGGGACCCUCAACAGCACCAUUUUGGAAGACUUAAGGGCCAACACCACUUACCUGGUGACAGUUUCUGCCAUUUAUAAAUCUGGCAAAGAAAAAGCCCUUUCGGCCAAAGCGUGCACUCAAGAAGAGGAAUCCAAAAUCAAGCACCUUCGCUUUGAAGAGAUAAGCCCGACUACGGUCAAAGCCUCCUGGGAUCCUGCCGACGGCAGCGUGGUUGGCUACCGGGUCAGGUGCCGGCGGCAGGCGGGCCCUUCGACCCUCCUCAGUGUGUCACCCCAGAUCCACAGCGUGCUGCUGUCCGACCUGGCUGCGGGGAGCACCAACAAAGUGUGUGUGAAGCCUGUGUACAAGAAUCUUCCGGGGAGAGGUCUCUGCCGGAUGGUGCACAUGCAACCCGCUUCGGCCACCAGAGGCUACCGACAUCGACAGUGAACAGAAACGCGAACGGACCAGAGAGGAUCCUCGGCAGAGUGGGCGAGAAGGACGGGCUAAGAACCGCCACGGUGGAGAACCUCUAUGCCGGGUCCUACCAUCUCCUCCAGACCCUUGGGCUCCCCUUUCUGGCUGUCGGUCAAUCCCCAAGACUUGGCUCGGUGUAGCAAAAGAUGGCUCCUUCGGGGCAUCGGAAUCCACCGGGAGGGCUCUGUUAGGAGCACUGGGCUUUCGGUUGUCCUGUUCUGCCUUGUAUUCCAGAUCGUGGCAAAAGACUGGGAAUCAACAUUCUUCUCUUUUACUGUAUUUCUAUUUAUUGGUGUUUUGUAUUUGUUAUAGGUGGGAAGUUAAGACCCCCAACCCGUUCCCGCUACCCUUUCCGCCCUCAAUUCCAGCGUUCCUUGCCAUGGGACAUGUUCCUUCUGCGGCAUAACCUUCGUUGAAGUCCCUGAAUUUUGGUCACGGGGUGGUAGUUAAUGGAUCAGCAGCUUGAAUGAUGGAAAAGAGUAAAGAGGUACACAGCCUAGUGAGAAAUGGAGAUCUUAAGACAGGGUUGGAUUGAACCUUUGACAUGUUGAGGGUUUGGUCUAAAUUUUGAAGGAAGAUCUGGGAAAUAUUUUCUAUUUUCAAAAGGAUGAUGCCCUGCUGCCCAUUUGGCGGUUUCCUCCACAAUCUCCGGGGAGAUCCAAAGAUCGGGAGCUGUCAGCCAAUCACAACUGCAGGAGUCCCUGCAAAUUCUUUCAUUACUGCGUAGGCGCACAAAUAAGUGAGAAAAAGCAAAAACUAUGAUAGUUGUUUGACCUGUGAAUAAUAUUGUGAAACUGGAGGUAUAAUUAGCAAGGGAUAGAGCCAGUUUUUCUGUUUUUUAAGUCAGCAGUGACCAAGAUGGAAGAACAGCCCUUCUUAAUAUUCGGUUUUGCCCUAUUGCUUUUGAAAAAACCCAAGUCUAUCUGUUUUCCUGCAGCCUCCUGUGUGUAGUUAAUCUUUUGCCACGUGUACGUGGUUGGAAUGCUUUGGUGUAGGUGGACCGGAUCGAAAUACUCUCCUAAUCCCCCCCCCAAAAAAAUUUUCUUUCUUGUAAGCUGGAAAUGGAGUCACGGUUUUGAACAGAUUGUGCCUGUGUAAUUUUACUAACGUGAUAAUAAAUGCUUUCCCUUCUCUGUUGUAACAUCACCUGUGGAAGACAGUGAAUUAAACAGAGAACGAAUAAUC